AUGCCUGCUAUCAUGAAAUGCACUCUCAGUUGUCCUUGUGGAGACUCCCGACCGCAAAAGCAAGCCAAACAUGCUGGCCUGGCUUUUGAUGCAGUUCCAACUGAGACCAAUCCACUCUGGAUCAAUGACAGUGAGCAUUUGUUGCCAGGGAGUAGAAUUCAAUCUGGUCCUAUGCCUGAUCUUCUUGCAUGUGAGCUCACCAAGCCAUACCAUCCUGCUAGUGAUGAUGCACUGCGUCAAGACAACGCAUACUAUUGUUGCAUAGCAAGCUCUGUAUGCGGAUGGAUGCUCAAAGCUUGGGACAGAAAUCUGCCCCGCAUCUACAAGCAUGCAGGACAAUGUUGGGCACUUUGUAACUGGAGACCAGCGCUCUUCCAGAGAGCCAAAUCCGCCUUGGCUAGCAUGGCACCCAGCAGGUUUGGAGAACCUGAUGCAAAUGUGCAAGAUCAUAGUAGCCCAAAUGAUCUUACAGCCUUGCAUGAACUCCCAGCCCCCAACCCCUUCUUGAGCUAUAGCCACAUGGGAAGCAUGACGCUUCAGGACCAACUAAAUCACACAGUUGCUGCACUGAUCUGUGCCUCAGGGGCCCUGGCUUGA